AUGGAUCAAAUGAAUUUGGACCUAGAUGACGCCUUUCGGAGGCGUCAGCCCCUCAUGGAUGCCUCGAGCAGGAUAAACCACGCCAAAUCACCAAAAGUGGAAACCCCACGCGUCCAUGUGGAAGAAAUCGAUCAUUUCAAGUCCCCAGACCGCAUGUCCGUGGCUAUGAGUCCGACGCCACGCGACAAAGAGAACCAGCGUCUCUCAGUUGCCACUGACUGGCAGUCGGAAUCAGCCCGGAACUCGGUCGUGUCUACAACCUCGAUUUUGUCUAACAAAGGAAAGAGAAAGACACAUGUGGGACCCUGGCAAUUGGGAAAGACAUUGGGGAAGGGGGCUACAGGUCGGGUGAGAUUGGCGAAGCACGCGGUGACUGGUCAGACUGCGGCUAUCAAGAUCGUGUCGAAGAAGUCCGCUGCCAUGGUUCAGAGUGAGAGUAUCGCUGCCAUGGAUCGGAAUGUGAGCAAUUUCUCUGGUUUCUCGAAUGCUCGCCAUAUGCCUUGUGGAAUUGAACGUGAGGUUGUCAUCAUGAAGUUGAUCGAGCAUUCGAAUGUGAUCAGCCUGUACGAUGUCUGGGAGAACCGUGGAGAGUUGUACCUUGUACUUGAGUAUGUGGAAGGAGGCGAAUUGUUUGACUAUGUAUCUCAAAACGGACCUCUUCCCGAAGAAGAAGCCGUGCGAUUGUUUCGUCAAAUCAUCGCAGGAUUAGGAUACUGCCACCGAUUCAACAUCUGCCAUCGCGAUUUAAAGCCCGAGAACAUUUUACUAGAUGGAAAUCAUAAUGUCAAGCUGGCGGAUUUUGGUAUGGCCGCCUUGCAACCUGCAGGCCAUUGGUUGAACACAUCAUGCGGAAGCCCACACUAUGCCGCACCCGAGAUUAUCUACGGGCGCAAAUACCGUGGAGAUAGAGCAGACAUGUGGAGCUGUGGAAUCAUUCUUUAUGCUUUACUGACAGGUUAUUUGCCGUUCGAUGGUGGAGACUUGCCAAACACAUUGCGUCUCGUCAAGAAAGGAGAAUACAUGAUUCCAUCAGAAUUAAGUGCCGAAUCUGCUGAUCUUAUUACCUCAAUUUUGCAAAAGCGCCCUGAAGACCGUAUCUCAAUGGCGCAGGUUUGGACUCAUCCUCUACUGACGAAGUAUGAGAAGUUGCAUAACGCUAUGGCCGAUUAUUAUAUUGGACCCCCUCCACCCUUGUCCAUCAAAGACUGUGGUGAACCCGUUGCUAGCCGCCACGACAUUGAUAUGGAUAUUUUACGAAACCUUCAAACUCUGUGGCAUGAUGUCAAGCCCGAUGCGUUGACUAACAGAGUCAUGUCUCUCGAGCCCACCCACGAAAGGAUGUUUUACAAUGCGCUUGUGAAGUUUCGAGACGAGCAGUUGGAAAACUACCAGGGACAGCCCCUAGAAUACUCCGCGAGUGAUUACCACCACAUCUCCAAGCCUGGUGGGAGAUUGCGACAGGGCCGCAGCCAGACCGGACUCAACAAUACCAGGAGACGGUCUCAUGUCUCGAUUGUAAAAGACAUGCAUCGCCGAUUCCAGACACAAGAGCCAAAAUCGUCUGCUAGCGUGGAAAGUUACGACCCAUUCAGGUCUCCGAAGCACAAGGGUACAGCCGUGGAGGCCAAGUACGCACAAAUAACCGUUCACAAGGCGAUUCCCGAGGUUCCAGAACGAGGUGAAGUCUCGCCUGUGGUCAAAGCUCCUUCCAUUGUCGAAGAAGAGGAACCUGAAGAGGAGCAGGAGGAGGAGGAGGAGGAAGCCGAGAACUCGCCCUUCACAGUUCUACAGAAAAGGAAGCACAAGCCAAACUCCAUGAAAUCCUUCCAGUCAUCUAAAGUACCACACUCCAGCUCUCGCGCUCAUGGUAUGUCCACUGCGCGAUCUACAAGCUACCACAGAAACGUUUCUUUCCACCAUGCUCGCAAUCGAUCUCAAGGGUCAACUAAGCCCAAGAGGCGAAAGACAGCCCCCAAUCAGCAAACCGAUCUUAAGAGAUCACCCAGCGCCGCUAGCUUGCAGAUGAUUGCAGAUGGGGUACCUGUUCCCGAAAUACCCAGCAGUCCGCCUCUCCCAGCACAGCCAACUCUUGUUCGACCUAGCGGGAACAAGUCUAGGAACUCUGAACAGCCCCGCAGAAUUCUGAAGUCCGAUCUCAUCUGGAGGGAAGAUGCUCGCAAAGUUUCCAGCGAGCUUGGUCAAAUCUGUGAAGAGGCAUUUAACGGAAGCUCUGUUACAACAAUCCGAUCAGCAAGUGCCUGCACUGAGGUGGGAUAUGAGACUCCCACAACACCUGUUUCUAUCGUGAGUGAGCGGACCGACAAGCCUGCGAAGACUGCCGCGCACCAUACUUCAUUCCCUCCUCGUGAAUCAAGUCGGUCUUACAGUAUCAAUGAGCUCACUGAGACACGACGGAAACUCGUUGAGCACAGUGCAGGUCGAAGCGAUAACAUUCCAGGUUACCUCUCGGGUGUCAUCGGUCAUCUAGAUCGUCUCAUCGAGGAAGAUCAAGUCCAAAAGCGGACUAGAGGAUUGGGAGAACAUGAACCACAAUUCACAGAUCCAUUCGUUACCACUAACCAGGAGUACUCGCUGCCCGCUAUUAGCGAAGAGUUUGCCAGCCCUAUUCGUGGACCUGAAGAGCUCAGCCCCAAGCGCAAGAACAAGUCUCGUCCAACAACUCGCCGUAGCGAUGCAAAAGCAACCAUUCGCAUGGUUCCACACAGCUCCAUGCGCUCAAUGGAAGAAGUGAAGCCCCUCAUGAUUCGCAAGAAGAAUCAGCUCCCCGGCUCAGAUGUCGGCCACAUGGAUCCCAUUCGUGCAUUCUCUGCUAGCUCGCGCGGAGGUCGCCAUUCCAGCGCCCUCGAUCCCAUUGACGAAGUUCCAGGGUCCCCCAAGAAAGCAGAAAAAGGUACAGAUAACAAAAAGUGGUCUUGGUUCAAACAUCGAUCUCAAAUUUCCGAUCCCACCCCCGCUAUUCCACCAAAGGACCAGCAACAGCAAGUCAUUGUCCCCAGUAACGGAACAGUUGUUGUUCAUCCACCCCAGGAACUUGGAUCGCCUACCCGCUCCGAACCUGAAAGGGUUCCAGUCAGGAAAACGUCUAUGGAGCGAUUUGGCGGAGCUAUCAAGAAGCUUAUGACCAAAAAGUCAACCAAGGCAGUUCCUCAACAUGGAACUGAAAAAGGCCUCCCGAAGGACUCCCGCGCCUCAGAAAUUAUUUGCAAUGGUUCCCCGGAUGUGGAUAGUUCGUCUGAGGCCAAUGAUUCUCAGUCCCCGCCACUGGCCAAGCGAAAAUCCAUCGCCAAUCAGAACUGGUUUGCUCGCGUUUUUCAAAUUAAGCCAGCUACCAGGGUGAUUGCUCUCAACACAACAAAGGUAAAGGGACGCAAAGAGAUUCAUAAGCUUCUCUGUGAGUGGGAAGACUACGGUAUGGAGGAUGUGUACAUGGAUAAGUCAAAUAGUCUUGUCCACGGUCGCGUUGGAGAAGUCAACUUCCUUCGACUCCGUGAAGUAGAGUUCACAGCUGAAUUUUACACCGUCCUCGAACACCGUCGAAAAGCCAAUCUUAGUCUUGUCCAAUUCAAGCAGCAACGUGGUGCCGCUUCAUCUUUCAACAAGGUCGUCGACACCGUGACUAUGAUGAUGAGAUCUCGCGGUCUUGUCGUUGAAGACCCAACCCGAGCCAAGAGUAUGGCUCGAGUACUGGAGACAAUUCCAAACGCAUAA